AUGCAUCUUUCCUCCAUCUUUCUCCGCGAGCCUUCAAAGGCUCUGUACAACCAACUCGUCUUCCUCCGCCGAAUGGGCGGCGGUCCUCGAACUUUUCCGGGCGGGCUCAACAAGUGGCAAUGGAAACGCAUGCACGAGAAAAAGGCACGUGAGAAAGAGAAACGCCUUCUCGACCAGGAAAAACAAGUCUACCAGGCCCGAAUUCGGUCGGAAAUUCGGGCCAAGCUCGCAUCGACUGAUAACCUCGUUCCAAGAUCGAUAAAUCCUGAUCAGAACCAGCCCAAUUACGGCCCCGUAACGCCUCAAGACCAUGUCAAGGCUCUUGCUGAUCGGUUCAUGAAGGAAGGAGCUGAGGAUUUGUGGAAUGAAAACGAUGGUCCUUCAGGUUUUCCGGAAAAUAAGCCCGGGAAAAGCCAAAUUAUAGGUGAGCCUAUUGAUUUACAGAAGUUAGUUAUGGAAAAAUCGAUUGUUGCUCAUAGUCACACAAACGACGAUAGUGAGUUUCACAGAAAUGUAAGUACUAAUGUAGCUAAACGAAGGCAUUUCUCUACAUAUUGUGGGAAAGGUGGUAACUUGAUGGGCGGCUUACAAAAUGAGUAUCUUAGGUCCAUUAGGCAUGGCUUUGAUUUAGCGGGUUGUCAGAGGCGUGGGACUCUAAUGGGUGUAAGUAAUAUGUUUAAUUUAGACUGUUACUAUUCGACGAGUAUAAUGGGUAAACAAAGAGCGAAUGUUGCAAGAAAUGGCCAAAGUUCCGUAAUUAAUUCUGGCCGGGAAACCAAAGUGGGGUCUGAUAAUGGGAGAAGGGCUAAAUGGCCAAGAUUCCGUGGAGGUAACUUGGAUUCGUCGGAUGAUGAUUUCAGCGAUGAGGAUGAUGACGGUGACACGUCAAAUAGUAGCAGGAAGAUUUUUAGUAGUAGUGCAGCAUUAGGGAAACAUGAUAUCAAGAUCAAGAAACGAGUGCCUUUGAAUUUUUUGGAAGAUGAGGAUGAUUUAUCUCAGCAGGUUGAGGCAAUUCGGAAGGAAAUUAGUCAGAGAAAGGGCGUGCAUGAAGACGGAAUGGAGAGGGACGAAGCUGUGUCGGUUCUUAGUACGAAAAGGUUUGAUGAGUGUGGUAUAUCUUCACUGACAGUCCAAGCACUUUCAGAGGCUGGUUAUGUGCAAAUGACCAAAGUCCAAGAGGCGACUCUUUCUGCCUACCUUGAAGGGCAGGAUGCUUUAGUCAAAGCUAGGGCUGGCACAGGCAAGAGUAUUGCUUUUUUGAUUCCCGCUAUUGAAACAGUUCUGAAGGCAUCAUCAAGUCAAAGCAAAGCUCAGCGAGUCCCACCAAUAUACGUUCUCAUUUUAUGCCCCACUCGAGAACUUGCGAGUCAAAUAUGUGCAGAGGCAAAUGUUCUCCUCAAGCACCAUGAUGGCAUAGGCGUGCAGACAUUAACUGGAGGGACACGAUUUAAGGUUGAUCAAAGGCGCCUAGAGUCAGAGCCGUCCCAGAUACUUGUGGCGACUCCCGGUAGAUUGUUGGAUCACGUUGAAAGCAAGUCUGGCAUCUCAGUUCGUUUGAUGGGACUCCAGAUGCUCAUACUCGAUGAAGCAGAUCGCUUGUUGGACCUAGGGUUUCGCAAGGACAUGGAGAAAAUAGUUGAUUGUUUGCCUCGCAAGAGACAUUCUUUGCUGUGUUCAGCUACAAUACCAAAGGAGGUACGCCGAAUAUCUCAGCUAGUGCUUAAAAGAGAGCAUGCUUAUAUAGACACUGUAGGCCUAGGGUCUUUGGAAACUAAUGAGAAGGUGAAGCAAUUUUACCUUGUUGCACCCCAUGAGGAGCAUCUUCAAAUAGUGCACCACUUAAUAAACAGCCAUUUGUCUGAAGUGGUGGAAUACAAGGUUAUUGUUUUCUGUGCCACGGCGAUGAUGACGUCGCUCGUGUGUUCCCUUUUACGGGAAAUGAAACUGAAUGUUAGAGAGAUCCAUUCGAAAAAGUCUCCACUGUAUUGCACAAGGAUCUCCAACGAGUUUAAGGAAUCCAAACGAUUGAUUCUGGUCACGUCCGAUGUUUCAGCUCGAGGGAUUAACUAUCCCGAUGUUACAUUAGUGAUUCAGGUGGGUAUCCCAAUGGAUCGUGGGCAGUAUAUCCAUAGGCUCGGAAGAACUGGCAGACAAGGCAAAGAAGGUGAAGGUCUUCUAUUGCUUGCACCAUGGGAACAAUAUUUCCUUGACGACAUAAAGGACCUUCCCCUUGAAAAAUUCACGUCCCCAGAAAUAGAUCCUAAUGCAAAAGCAAAGAUUGAAGAGUCACUGGAGAAAAUCGACACUAGCGUCAAGGAGGCAGCUUAUCAUGCUUGGCUCGGUUACUAUAACUCAAUAAGUGCCAUCGGUAGAGACAAGACGACACUUGCCGAACUCGCCAAACAAUUUUCAGCUUCAAUCGGUUUACAAAAGCCACCUGCUCUGUACCGGAAAACUGCACUGAAGAUGGGAUUGAAAGGUAUCCCGGGCAUUCUAAUACGAAAGUAG